UUUUUUAACGCAUUUCAAUGUAAACAAAAACUGAACGUAUCCCAAAAGAAGAAACAAAAAUCUUCAAAAAUUAAAAUCAAAAAGUGGUUUUUAUCAAUAAAUCUAUUAAGAUGAGUGCAUUUAUACAUUUGUAUAAUAUGUAUGAGGAAGAACUGUAUUCCAAUUGCCACAAUUUAGCUCAAUUUUACUUAUCUAAUCCAGAAAUGUUUAAUGUAACUCCUGAAAUACUUAUUGUUGUCUACAUUAUUAAUGGAAACUCGCUAUGGGAAAUGAAGCACUACACAGAAUCUCAAAAGCAAUACGAGGAAGCGCUCUUAUUAAGAAAGGCUUUAAUAGAUCCAGUAAAUAUUAAUUACACCAAGGAUGUCAAGGAUCAGUCAAUAAUACUUGGUGUAAUUGAGAAUUUUAAUGAAAGUGAAUUAAAAUAUCGAAUUGCAAAGUGUCAAGUUGAGAAUCAGCAGGCAAAAGAAGCUUAUUCAAUCUUACAGUCAAUUCCAAAGCCUCGACCAGCGAAGGUAAACUUUAUGAUGUGUAAAGUAAUACAGCAAUGUGAAUCAGGAAGCGAUAAGAAUUUAAUAACUUUAUAUAAGGAAGUGCUGAAGAAAUGUCCACUAGCUUUUGAAUGCAUUGAUUCACUGCUUAAUUUGGGAGUUAAAGGAAAUGAAGUAAAUUCACUGAUUAUUAAUACAACGUCCGCAGAAGGAUCUAAUUUUGAAUGGCUGCAUCUUUAUAUUAAAGGACUGUCAGACAUCAAUAAUAGGAAGCAUGCUGAAGCUAUAAAUACGCUCUUGUCAAUUGAGUGCUUAAAAUCUAAUCCAAGAAUAUUAGCAUUGAUUGGCGAAGCUUUAUACUUUUCUGGAGAUUAUGAAAGUUCAUAUCAGUAUUUAAAAAGAUCUUAUGACAUUUAUCCAUUCAUGAAGCAAGGCAUUCAAAAGUAUGCACUUCUUUGUGAUAUGUUUAAAAAGCCUAAAGAACUAGAACUGAUGCUCAGGCCAUCAUCAUUAUUUCCUUAUGAAUAUUCAUCAACUAAUUGGUUUGUCUUUGCGACUUAUUUAUUUUGUUCCUUAAAACUUGAUAAAGCACAGUAUUUUAUUAAUCGUGUGCUCUCAUCACAUCAGUAUAAGAAUGUUGAUGGAUUAAUUCUUAAUGCUAAAAUCCUGCAUGGAAAUAAGAAGCCUAAUGAAGCACUAGUAAGCCUUAGAAAUGCACUUAAAUAUGAGCCGUAUCGUUUUGAAGUUCAUCGAUGGAUUAUUGAAAUUUUAAUGGCAACCGAUAAAGGAAAAGAUGCACAGAAUCAAGCGAUAAAAACUUUAAAGCUUCUUGGUGAGAGUCCAAGAACAUUAACGAUUGCAGCAUCGACAUUCCUUAAAAAUCCAAUCAGCAAGGAAAAGGCAAAAAUUUAUCUAUAUAGAGCACUGGAACUGAAUGAGUUUUACGUUAAAGCUGUAUUCUUUUUAGCUCAAAUCUUGAUUGAUGACAAGGAAACAAAAGCAGCUAUUGUGCUGCUUGAAAAGACAUCUUCAGUUGUGUCUAAUAUUAAAAUAAGCUUGAUGCUAGCUGAUUUAUAUGCAAAAAGUAAGAACCUAUCGUCAGCACUAGAACAAUACACAAAAGUUCUCAAUUUAGACUCGAAUAAUCGACAUGCAAUGAAUGGAAUAAUGUCGUUAGGGACGACAUCAAGUAAUUCUCUUGAAACAACUGCUGACGAGGAUUUUGAAGCUGUAGAAAAUACACCGAGGAAUAAAAGUGAUGAAACGAAUGAGGACGAGCUGAUUUGGUCUGAUAUAGAAAUGGAAAUUAAUUAAAAUUGAUUUUUUUUUAUGUUAAUAAAGUUUUUGUUUAAUAUUUUAAAGCUUUUGGUGCUAUUCAGGCGCGUAGCCAGGAGGGUCUUAUGGUUCAAAACGUUUAAAGGGGAAGAGAGAGACAAGACCUUCUUGGCUACACGCCGGGUGCUAUCUAUUCAUUUUUUAAGGCUUUUAGCAGAAAUAACGGUUACUUGAAGUUCAAAAUUUCAAAUAUUAUUCAACCGUUAUUUUUUAAAGUUCAAAAUUUUUAUUUCUUCUUGAAAAUAAUAAAUUUUUCAAUAAUAUCCUAAGCUUCAACCGUCCUCGUUGGAUGAUAUCCUUGAACCCUCUUCCUUACAUCUUCAUCUCUGAAUAAUUGACACAAUGACAGAAUACAAACUAGUGAAUAAAUGAGAUAAAUUCCAAAUGGAAUGUAUUGCCAAUUUAAAAGGACAAGAUUCAUGACGACUGAGAUUAUGACAAGGAAUGAUGAGAUCAGCGAUGGAAAGACGACUU